UGGCGGCCAACAUAGUAGCUCUGCUUUUCUGUUUGAAUUCCGAUGGUUUAAUUUUAUAAUAAUGCUAUGAACUCAAUUAGAAUCUAAUUAUCAUGAUAAAAUCAAUUACAUUUUUUACAAAAAUUUUGAAAUCUUGCACAAAUUUGUGAUUAUAGCAUAUGUAAUUUAAAUUACGGAACUAGUAUGUUGACCGCGGCUGCCUCUCCAUACUAACACUUCGGUGGACCAUUCAAUUUACUCACCAUUCACCCAUACUUUUUAUUUCCUCAAUUUGCUUCGCCGUACGCUUCUGUUGUUGUCUUUGCCUUUAUCAAUUUGUUUACGAUUCCGUAAAAGCUCCAUGAGCACGUGUCGCAAGUCAAGAGCAUGUCUCUCCGCCACUCACUUUUUCUUCACACUUUCUCUUUAGAAGCACCCUCGCCACCAGAGCACCAAGCUUUUCCUCUUCAGUUGAGUGAGAGGGAAAAGCUAACCAGAAAAGCACGCAACGCACUGAUAAAAUGGGGCAUAUUUGCACGACACAAAAGUCAAAAUGCAACGUACAAAUGGUUAGAUCGCGCUUUUCCCGGCACCACUAAAGUUAUAAUAGUUAAAAAAUUAGUACUUGACCAGUUUGUACUAACGCCUUAUCUUCUAACUGUGUUUUAUGCGGGCAUGUCCAUCAUGGAGGGAAGUGAGGAUAUUUCCCUGGAACUACGAGAAAAGUUCGUGCCGACUUUUAUGCGUUCCUGCAUUUUCUGGUUGCCCGCCCAGGCCUUGAACUUUUCCCUGGUGGCACCUCGAUUCCGUGUCAUCUAUAUGGGUAUUUGUGGACUAAUUUGGGUGAAUAUUCUCUGCUGGACCAAGCGGCAGAGUCUGCCAGUGGCAACGAAAGAAAUUGCAAGUGAUUCGAGUAACCAUGCAGCUGCCAUAAGGAAUUCCGAAACAUGAGAUUUUAAUAUACACACCAUAUCCAUGUAUAUAGUCCUAGAUAGUUUUUGACAAUGCAUUGCCAAAUAAAGGAGAGGCAAAGAG